CUUUAGGUUCAUCCAUACCUCGUCCUCGCAUCUUUGUUACAUUUUUGCAGUUGCAAGUUCAACAAAGUGUCGUGAUUUAGAUCACCUUUGUACUCCGUCCAAAUUUCCAGUAGUUCAAGAUGUUGCAACAAAAAAACAUCAACACGGCCAGUUCCAAUUCUUCCUUCAAUCAACCUCCAAAACCUGCUCUCAUCCACCUGGAAUCAAACCUUUCAACUCAACCUCCCUCCAUAACUAAAAUCACCACACCCUGAUUUUGUACCCUCGGAUUCUGAUAUGUAUGGACCAGGAGUGUCUCAAUCGGCAUCACUGAAUUGUUACCAAGUGCUGCCAGGGUUCUUUCAUAAGAGAGCAACAUGCACACCUCUCCUCGAAUGUCAUCCUCCCCCAGCAAUGUUAAUUUUGCACUUCAGCAUGUGAACAACACAUCAGCUUUCUUUAACAAGGAAACCCAGUUUUCCUCUUCUACAUUAGCAACUGCAGGUAGUGCUUAAUGUAAUUUCAGUGGUUAAAAUUGGUAAAAACAUCUUAUUUUAUGUUGCUUCCUAACUUACUCUACUUUCAAGUACAUAUUUUUCAACAGGUGUAAAUUUUUAUUACAGGGCAUUAUUUUUUUAUGGUCAUUUGUGAAGUACUGGUCUUUGUUAUAAAUGAUGAAGAAAUUUCAAGCACCACACUUGUAGCAUGCAUGGAGUUAACCCUUUAAGUCCCACUGGUGACCUAGACAGAACUUCUCCUUACACUAUCAGGACUAUAUGAAGCAGACAAGUAAUGAGAAUAAAGAAAAAUAUCAAUUAGGGCAUUAUUGGUUGAUCCAAUUUCAAAUUCUCUAAACUAACAUCACAUAAAUUGCACGACAGACAGUAAGGAGAAUUACUAAUGGAUUCUUGGGAGUGAAAGGGUUAAAACUGUGGUUGAAUUUUUGGUAAGAGGUCGGUGGUUGUAUCCAGUUUUUUCUCAAAAUUGAUAUUCUUUGUUUUCACAGGGGUGCCUAUAAAAUAAGAAGACCAUUAGUAACAUGUAUCUCAGGGGUUUAGAAAGAAGCACAAAUGCCAACUGACAAUGCAUGUUUUUGUUUUGUGUUGAAGGUCACCACCACGUAGAGGGGGAAGGUCUCCUGAGCAAGACAGGUACAUCAACUUUGAUGCAUAAUAAAUACAGUAGUUUCUAGUAGAAUAUUUCUUUACUCAGAUCAAAAUGUGUAAUGGCCAAAAUUUUUGUCAAAACGUCACCAUAAAGCAAGUAUCUUUUGCUGUAAAAUUUUGAAACUGUGUAAGUGGCUGUUGAUUAAAUAUAAACAUGCUGAAAUUUGUGCGUCAUUGAUAUUUUGUUACAUGCAAACAUCCAAAUUGCUGUUUAAAUUAAUCUAAUGUCAUAGUGAUCUCAAACCAGUUUGAUUCAUAUUUUUCUCAGUCAAGGGACUGGAAAUGUACCCAAAACAAAAGAAAGAACAAAUGAAAGUAGUUUUGAGCAUUUUGACCUGAAAUGCAUUUAAAUUUAAAAAAUCCUUUUUAACACCUUGUGCAUUGUUUCCUUCAAAAGGUGGCCAUCAAGAGGAAGGAGCAGGUCACGUAGCCCACGCCGUUACUAAAUGUGGCAUUACGUAAGCAGGUAUUAAAAAUCCGUUCAUAUUUAUCGUAUAUUAUUAUUAUCUGUAAUCUAAAGUUCAUUACUUGAAGUUCAAUUUCAUGUUAAGUCUCUUCAGAAGUUGCAUUUCAAACUGCAGAAAAUUUAGAUGAACUAAUACUUGUACAUAAAGUAUGUAAUUUUUUGACCGGAACUUCAUGUCACAACAGUUUUACUUUUAUGGAGGCAUUUUUCCAGAACUCCUAUUGGUCUGUUUGCUUGUUUUGUCUGUUGAACCUCCAAACCCUUUCUGCCCACUGAGAUUUGCACAAUAAUGAAAUUAAAAAAAGAAAAUUAAAAAAAAAAACGACAACAAGCCCAUCCUGAAGCCUUGCCACCUUCCAAAGUUUUUUAAUUGGAUAUAAGGUAACAAAUUUGCAGCAUUCUAUUUUGCUGAAUUUUUUCUACAGGAAAUAAUUUUUGUGGACUGAGGACAAUUUUAAAAUCUGAAAAAAUUAUUACCCACAGACUUUUCUUGUCACAGUAUUGUUCAUUGUUAAUAAACUACAGGCAUUAUUCCCUGCAAAUUACUGGUGGUGCUGUCUCUGAUUAUAUUAUUCACAAUAUUUUCCAUUAUCUGUUACAGAUUUUCCCAGACAAGUGGAAUUCCUCAUUGUUCUGAAAGAGAAAGCUUUGAUUCAAAUAAGCUUCCAUUUUGAUUUAUACCCUUUUCAGUCUUAUGUUAAAAUCUUCAUAUUUCUGUCUUUGAAACAUUUUUUAAAGAAUAAGUUGUUACAAGUAUGCAAUUUUUAUGUAUUGACUCGAAAGAGAUUAACUAACGUAGUUUUGUCAUCAUCUGUUCAAUAUUUAGUCAGCUGUUUUACCUGGAGUAUUUUGAAAGGAGAAGUUUGGAACUGUAGCAGUCUUUACAUGCUCUGAAUUUGUCCUUCAUUUGUAAAUUAAUAAUGCAGUAGAUAGUUCAAUGACUGUUAACAUCAUGAAACUCCUCAGGAGAACAGAACUGUUACAGAUCAAGUCAAGUUUUGCCUGAUUUUUCUGUUGUUACUUGUUAGAUUUUAAGUUAAAUAUGUAAAACAUUUUUGAUGUCAAAAUAAAGUCUCCUUCAUUAUUCAGUUGAGGUAGAUGGUGAACAGUCAAUCAGCAAAGUAUCUC